CCACCUUCUUUGCUCAAAAUUUGAGCCCCUCUACUCUUCUUUUUCUGUCUCUAGAUAAUCAAUGGAACUUCGUAAAGCCCUGGCGAAGCGUCUGAUUGCUAAGACUUACGGCUAUCGACUCUCGCCAGCGGCUGUGACUCUAGAACACUCACCUUCGACUUACAGCCGUGAGUACAUAACGUCUCUGGAGUUAUCGGAGAGAGGGUUUUUCCGUAAAUUUCUCCAACGACGAGGAAUUAAUCAAUCGGCCGCCAGAAUCCCCGAGUUUCUCUCUUUGCCCGUCGGUGACAAGCUCAGAGAGAAAUUGAAAGGCAUUAACAUUGCCGGGGAUCGCCUCCGAUUGGAAGGACUCGGAGGACAUACCGUUUCUGAUUCGUCGGUGAAAGAUAUUCCGUACGGAUUCACAGUUCAAGAUGCCAGGAAGCUGUUGCGGCUGUCUCAAGUGGAAAAGCUAAAGAUGAAGCUGAGAGAAAUUCCGAAGAGUUCGAUUUCGUACCAUGAUUUUGUUCGGAUCUGUGUUGAAUUUUGCGGGAAUGAAGAUCAAGGGACUGAGUUUAGUAAGCUGUUGGAUGACUCAGGAAACGUCAUCGUUUUAGGAAACAUAGUUUUUCUCCGGCCCGAGCAGGUGGCAAAGUCAAUGGAGACAUUGAUAUCGGAAUCUGUGGCAAAUCCGAAUGACCCAAGGAGAAAAGAACUGGAACAGAUGGAAAAUCAGAAGGCCAUGAUUGACCAGAAGGCCAAGGCUCUGGUUCGAGGAGAAUUGUAUUGUGGGUUGGGAUUUUUGGUGGCUCAAACACUUGGGUUCAUGAGACUCACCUUCUGGGAACUAAGCUGGGAUGUGAUGGAGCCCAUAUGCUUCUUUGUCACAUCACUUCACUUUGCCAUUGCCUAUGGCUUCUUCCUGAGAACAUCCACAGAACCUACCUUUGAAGGCUAUUUUCACCGGCGAUUCAAGUCUAAGCAAGAGAAACUCAUGAAAGUCCACAAUUUUGAUGUUGAUAAGUAUAACAACCUGCGCAAACUCUUUUACCCUGAAAGUUUGCCAAGCGUGGAUUGCUUUAAAUCUUCACGUCAAGAAGGAGGGAGAGCUUCUUUGCGCUGUGUGUAGAGUAAAUAGACCGGCAAAUGCCAGAAAAGUUAGCAAAAAUUUGAUUUUGACGAAGACUGUUAGUAAUUAAAAUGAACUUUUGAAUCGAAACAAUAAAUUUCGUUCAACUUUCCGAUUAAUUAGCCCAUCAAAGAUCUCGUACACACCUUGUAAAUGAUAAAUUUCAUUAAAUAAUAUUUUU